AUGAUCCGCUCUACUCUCGCGUUCUCCCUCCUUGCUCUCCCGCUCACCGCAUUCGGCCUUCACCAGGAAAAUUCGUUCCGCCGCCGCCACUCGGGUGUCGCUCACAGCCCUGCCUUCAUGCGUCGUUCCACAAACUACACACUCCAACAGAAGUACAUUGGCGAGGACUUUCUCAACUGGGACUUCUUUGACGAGGCCGAUCCCACAGAUGGGCUUGUUCAAUACUUGAACGCCACUGCCGCUAUCGAUGCUGGUCUGGCUACUGUGGACUGCAACAACGUAACCACUCUUGCUGUGGAUAGCACGGAGAGUGUAGUGUCCGGCGGACUCCGCAAGUCUGUCCGUAUCAGCUCCCCCGAGACCUACAACAGUGGUCUGUUCAUCGCUGACUUUGAGCACAUGCCCUUUGGUUGUGGUGUUUGGCCUGCCUACUGGUCUGUCAGUACCACCGCGGAGUGGCCCACCGGCGGUGAGAUCGACAUCAUCGAGGGUGUCAACUUGAAUCCUGAAAACCAGAUCACAUUGCAUUCUGGCCCAGGCUGCACGCUGAACAACUCGCAGCCAACGACGAGCAACCAGGGCGGCAUAGAAUGUACGUCUUCUGCGGACGCGGACUCUGGUUGCUUCUUCACGCAGACCACGCCUACUUCGUUCGGCGCGGGCUUCAACAACGCGUCUGGUGGCGUGUUCGCACACUUGUGGAACACUGACGGUAUUACCGUUUGGUUCUUUUCCCGCCCCCAGAUUCCCAACGACAUCGCAAGCGGCAACCCCGACCCGUCCACCUGGGGCACGCCCGCUGCCAUCUUCCCGGACACCGGGUGCAACAUCACGUCUCACUUCUAUGACCACACGAUCGUCUUCGACACCACGAUCUGCGGUGGCUGGGCCACGUCUGCCUACCCGUCCACCUGCCCCGGCACGUCCUGCAGCGACAUCGUCUCGAACGCGACCAACUUUGAGAACGCGUACUGGAAAAUCAACUCCCUCUCCGUCUACCAGUAA